AUGGAGCGCGUCGGUGAUUUUGUCGUCUUGGCGUUCCACGACGUGCGCGACGCCGCCUCCGUGCACGACCACCUCAAGGCGCGCGCCACCCGUGCCGCCUGCAUUGACUCGGCGUACAUCAUAUCCAGGCUGCACCUGGUCGUGGCGCUGCACCGCAUCAGCACUGCGCCGCUCGCUAUUGGCCCAGACGAUAGUGCAGCGGCGGCACGCAGGGCGGCACCGACGGAUCUCGACGUCUUCGCCGCGCUCUCCCACACGCGGAACCUCCACCGUGCGCUGAGGCGUCUGACCUGCUCCGAGACGACGAGGGCGGCCGUGAUUGUCCUGCACGCCCCGACGGACAAGGACGUUGCGGCCGUGCUUGAGGCCGUGCAGGGCACGCAGCACGGGCUUUCGUCGCUGGAGACGUACUGCGACGAGGCAGCUGUGCAGGACUUUUACGGCGUUGGGGGCUGCGAAGCGGCGGCGCUUGAGGCAGCGAUUGUGAACCGCCUCUCCACCAGCGACCUUUGA